CAAAGGAACACACAAUGGCGCCCUCAAGUCCUGCAGAGUCUAUUUCGGAUGAUUCUCAUGAAUUCUCCGGAUCAGACUCAUCUGACCAGGAAGGAAAUGGAGGGGUGGAAAUCCAGGCAAGAGCGCCGAAGCGCAGACGUCUUUCUGAAUCCGACGACAGCGCCAAUGGCAGCGAAAGUGAAAGCGACAACGGCGACAAUAACAACGACAAUGUUGACGAAGUCAAAGAUGAUGGUGACGACGAACCCGCUCCAGCCCCAGCCCCUCUCCCAACCAUGUCCCGUAUUAGAAAGAAAGACGACAAGCCAGCACCAGCACCGCAAAACGACAAGUCCAACCCCGAGUUUAUUCGCGACGCAAUCGAGAUCGGGCUUCAGAAUGCAGAGUCCUCAUUCAAAGCGCUGAAUGUUGUGCCUUGGCUGAUUGGUUCGUUGACCACGAUGGCUGUGCGCAAGCCGACGGCGAUUCAAAAGGCUUGUAUUCCGGAGAUUCUGAAGGGGAGAGACUGCAUUGGAGGAAGUCGCACGGGAUCGGGAAAGACGAUUGCGUUUGCGGUUCCGAUGUUGCAAAAGUGGGCGGAGGAUCCUUUUGGUAUUUACGGGCUGAUUUUGACGCCUACGAGAGAACUUGCGUUGCAGAUCUAUGAACAGGUGAAGGCGAUUUCGGCACCGCAGAGUAUGAAGCCGGUUCUUAUUACUGGAGGAACGGAUAUGCGACCUCAGGCGCUGGCACUGGCACAGAGACCGCACGUGGUUAUUGCGACACCUGGUCGAUUGGCGGAUCACAUCAACACAUCAGGAAAAGAAACAAUCGCAGGGUUGACCCGUGUGCGCAUGGUAGUCCUCGAUGAAGCAGACCGACUUCUUACCAGCGGACCCGGCAGCAUGCUCCCAGACGUGGAAACCUGCCUCUCCGUCCUCCCGCCCUCCAGCGAGCGCCAAACCCUCCUUUUCACAGCAACACUCACCCCCGAAGUACGCGCUCUACAAUCCAUGCCGCGCCCAUCCAACUCCCCCAAACCCCCACCAUUUAUGACCGAAAUUUCCCCCGAAACAAAAGGCUCCAUCCCACCAACCCUCCACCAAUCCUACCUCCAGGUUCCCAUGACUCACCGCGAAGCCUUCCUUCACGCCCUCCUCUCCACAGAAGCAAAUCUCUCAAAACCAACCAUCAUAUUCUGCAACCGCACCAGCACCGCUGACCUCCUCGAACGAACCCUGCGCCGCCUCGCCCACCGCGUUACUUCUCUCCACUCCCUCCUCCCGCAGUCCGAGCGCUCAGCGAACUUAGCUCGGUUCCGUGCCUCCGCGGCCCGUAUCCUCGUCGCAACAGAUGUCGCCUCGCGUGGUCUAGAUAUCCCUUCUGUCGAGUUAGUCAUUAACCUCGACGUACCCCGGAACCCGGACGACUACGUGCACCGUGUUGGUCGUACGGCGCGUGCGGGGAGAAAGGGUGAGGCGGUUACGCUUGUGGGUCAGAGAGAUGUGGCGCUUAUACUUGCAAUAGAGGAGCGCGUGGGGAGACAGAUGGUGGAGUAUGCUGAGGAAGGGGUUAAUGUUGAAUCGAGGGUUGUUAGGACUGGUUUGUUGAAGGAGGUUGGAGUUGCAAAGCGUGAGGCUGCAGGUGAGAUUGAGGAAGGGAGAGAUGUGCUAGGGAGGAAGAGGAAUAAGUUGAAGAAAGUGAGGUAAGGUAAUGUACCUGUACCUGCAUGGAAUAGAAAUACUUGCAGGUGAUGUGUAUAUUGCUGUUGCUAUUGUACAGUUAGAUGUGAUCUUAUUGGUCAGUUUAUAAUCUAUUUCAAUCGAUUCGAUUGAUUCGAUAUACAAAAUUGUAACCGUCUAUACUCCUGGCUCCUAUAAUAUACAGUUCCCACUGAUUAUGGUAUCAUCCAUCAUGACUCCUGCUAAGCAUUGUACAGACAAAACUUGAGCCAGUAUGUAUGCAAGAUCAACAUGUAUGCAUUCAGUCAACGCAACGCUUUUUUCUGUCUUUCCAGCUUCUAUAUCAAUAAUAAUACCAAUAACAAGGGUAUAUGCAAUAAUCCUCCCCA